AUGUUUGGAGCUGUUUGUUCAGGUAGACAAUUACAAAUGGCCAGUCAGGUCGCCGAAAAUAAAUUCAUUAUCACCAUACCUAAUGCUUCCAAUAUCUCCCAUUUGGCCAUAUUCUUAUUACCUAACAGUGAAUUUAAUAUCAAUUAUACUGCGUUGAUCUUCUUUCAAUUACCUAACUCACAAGAUUUUAAGUUAUUAGGUGGUUUGAAUGCCAAUAAACCAAGUGGGAUUUAUAAAUUGAAUAAUAAUGUUAAAUCAAAUAAUGAAGAUAUGAUCAUGGAAGAUGAUAUUGAUACCAAUGAUAACUACACUAUUAACAUUGGUCUUUCUAUAGAGCCUACUGCUGACGCAGAAUUACAGUUGAAUCAAGAAAAACUCAAACAAUCGGGACAAUCGACAGCUUUGGUCAGACCAGCCAAACAACCAGUUAAUGUUAAUGAUACGGCUACUUUAGCUAAUAAGAUUGUAGGUCAUGCUUAUAACUACUUAACUAGCUUCAUUGAUGGUAAUGGGAUGGUUCCAAUCAAGGCAUUUGAUACUUGGUGGGAGAAAUUUAAAGGAAAAUUGAAUAAUAAUCCAAAUUUUCUAAACGAACUAGAUGCUUAA